UAAAUACCAGGUCUGUGCAAUACACAGCAACAGUGAAGUGUGUUCUUUUGAUCUGCAGUAGCAAUUCACUACACAGGUCCAUCAUCUUGCUUGGAUUCCGCACAGAAGAAAUGAUGUUUACGAAGCUAGUUCUGGUGCUUCUGUUAGCUGCGUAUGUUCCAGCACAGGCCCAGGAGUGUGAUGUGAACCCAUCAGACAGAGUUGAGUGUGGAUACCCUGGGAUUAGUGCAGAUACCUGUAGAUCAAGAGGCUGCUGCUUCAAUUCGGCCAUUAGUGGUGUAAAAUGGUGCUUCAAACCAAAAGUUCAGAUUUGUGAUAUGAACCCACCAGACAGAGUUGAGUGUGGAUACCCUGGGAUUAGUGCAGAUACCUGUAGAUCAAGAGGCUGCUGCUUCAAUUCGGCCAUUGCUGGUGUAAAAUGGUGCUUCCAACCAAAAGCCCAGGUGUGUGAUGUGAACCCAGCAGAGAGAGUUGAGUGUGGAUACCCUGGGAUUAGUGCAGAUACCUGUAGAUCAAGAGGCUGCUGCUUUGAUUCGGCCGUUCGUGGUGUAAAAUGGUGCUUCCAGCCAAAAGGUACAGCAUUCUUAAGGGUUGCUACUGAAUAGAAAUGUUGCAUCCCUGAAUGCCAAGGAAAUGUGUUCAAAUACUGCUUUCAUUGCCUUAUCAUGAUCGUAUACAUACUGAACACACCUUUACAAGCAAAAUCUUUUUUUAAACUUAAGGUAAGCAAUGUUCUAUUAAACUCUCUCCUGUGUAUUUACAUGUCACUCCUUUCCAAUAAUUAUAUUCCAGACCACAGUUCAUAUUUGAUACAGUUCAUGUGAUGCAUGUUAGAUGGUACUAUUGGGCUAAGGGUAGGAUAUAAACACCCCAAAAAGUGUAUUAAAAAGGUUAAUAUCAUAACCCUGGUUCCCUGAAAUAGAAAUGUAAUCACUACCAAAUGGGUAUUUACCUCCUAAAGACCCAAAGCCUGAAUAAAUUGUAUUAAAGCUGCUCGCAGAGCCGGUGACGCAGCCAUGGCCCACCCCUGACGGCACAAAAUGACAGCAUUCACAGAACUCACUGACAUAAUAAUUCCUUCAAGACUGCUGCAAUCAUGGAUGCAGCGACCGUGAAGG